AUGACUCCGAAUCAUCACUACUUUUAAGGUCAUUAUGCUAAAAUGUACAGCAAGCAAAUUAAGUAGUUGGAAUAGCAAAAAGUGUAGAAUGCCCUUAUAGUUAGAAAUAUUAAAACGCUUAGCAAGUUAAGUGAAAGUAACGAAAUGAGUAUAAUUAAAAAGGGAAGUGAAUCCAAUACUAUAAGUGGAGAAAAUGAAUUAAUUGAGGGCUCAAAUAAUAACUAUAUUCCUCAUUCAGUUGGAUUGAGGAUCAAAACUAUCAAUCCUAAUGAUAUUAAGAAUGGAGAAAGUAUUCACCACGAGAGAUACAAAACAAAUUAAGAAAUUUACAAGAGUUACCACAAAGACAACUUUGAUAUAAACAACUAACAGCAUUUAUUUGAGGAAAUGGUUAUUCAAGAACAUAUUUUGGAUAACAGAAGAACGUAGGUUAUCCAUGACUUAGGCUAAAUUUAAUACUAUCAAGACGAGACUGGUAGGAUCAGAAUGAUUUCUCCUGAUAUAAUGAGAUCAGCAAGAUAUCUUUAGCCAGAUGAGUAAAUUACUCAAGAAAUUGCAAUAAAAAGUUUUACUGAAUUUGAUUUAAAUGGAUAAGAUGGUAGAUAGAUUAGUCAUCACCAUUCUGUUUCAGCACCAAAAAAGCAUAAACUAAAAAAUUAUAAUAAUCAAUUAAAGUUGGAUCCAUAUAGCAAAUUUUUAGCUUAAUCUUAUGUGCAUCCAUUCAGCUAUUUUGAUCCAAAUACCUAGCAACAUACGAUGCUCUAUAAUACAACUGGUGCCAAUCAUGAAUUUCCUAUGGUUAAUCAUAUCUAUAUUAACGAGUCCGAAUAGAUUUAUCCAUCAAUGCUAAGCUAAAUAGCCAAACAGCAUCUUAUGAAUUCAAUGCAUAGUCCUAGCAAGAUAAAGACUAAGUAGGACCUAAUGAAAAAGAGCAUUCUUGGACUUUAGCAGUAUGAUGGAGCAUGGAUCCUUGAGAAAAAAGGCCCUAAAAAUAAAAUUGAUGACAUAAUAAUUAAAGGAUAGAGCGUUCCUCAUAAUUUUGUGAUGGGUGGAGGAAUAAAUUAAACAAAUAAGCAAAGGAGAGUUAAUUUAUAGAGUGCAAGAGAGGGAAAGGAUAAGUAAGAUCAAUCAAAAAGGUAGAGAGAUGGAAACCAAGAAAAAUCAUCACCUAGGAGAUAGAAAUAUAAACAAGAUAUGGCAUCUAUUAAAGAAAAACUAAAAAUCAUAAAAUCUACAGAUGACUCAAUGAUAAUUUCAAAUGAAGAGGGAGGACCAGAUGGCCAAUAAACAUCCUAGCAGCUAAAUUUAGAUCAACAUGAUAAAAUAAAAAAUUAAAGACCUCAUUCAAAGUAUAGACAGCAUUCUUAAAAGAUUACAGUUACUUAAAACCUAAACGGCUAAAACAACAUUAGGACUAAUAAACCUGGAAACGCAAACUAAAUGUCAAAUCAAAGAAACUCAAUGGAUAUGAGAUUGAAGAAAAAUAAUAGCAUUUCAGAUUAAUUUAAUCAAAAACCUUCAACAAAUUAUAAUUCCUAGGCAUAUAUAAAAGACAAAAAAGAAGACAUCAAUAAUGAGUCUGUAAUCAAAGAGAAAGAUUAAGAUAAUAUAGAUUCAAAUGGUGAGCUCAAGCCUGAUUCCUAGCCUCACGAUGAUUCAAAUAAUCAACUUUAGUUAAAUGGCUAAUAAAUUGGCAAAAAUACAUAUUCUUUCAGGCCUAGGAGGCCACUUGUAAAUCCAGUGGAGCUUGCAAGAAUUGAAUAAGAAAGAAUGUUCUAGAUUAAAUAAGAAGCAAAGGAAAAAUACUAGCAAUACUCUUUGCAAAAUAAGCAAAAUAAUCAAAAGUUAAAAGUAAAAUUUAUGCAAGUCAAAUUCUUAUAGUACAUUGUUUGUCCAGGUAACAACUCUUAGGUAGUAAGAAAAUGUCUAGAACUAAGAUAGGAAAGAUGGGAAGAAACAAAUGACUUUGAUACUCUGUUUAAUUUUAAAUGGCAUCCAAUAUCUAAAGGAAUUAAAUUCGAUAUUGUAAACACCCAUGGUACAAGAUAAUUAGUGAAUCAUUUUGAAAAUCAUGAUUGCUUUACAACAAAAGAUCAAAUGUUUAAAAACUUCUUAAACCACUGUGAAAUCAAGAAAUAAAAUGUGUUCGAUUUUGUUCCUCUAACAUUUGUAUUAGAGGUAGACUAAGUAAACUACGCCUAUGAUUUAGAAAAAUUCAUUCAGUAUUUUUCAUUCAUAGAGAAAUAAAUUGAAGGAACUGGCAUACCAGGUGAAAAGCUAUAACAAGAUGAGGGAACUAUAGAAGAAAUAUUAGGCAACAUCAAUAAUAAAUUCUAAAAUUACCAUAAUUCCAAAGAUGAGAAAGGCCCAAUAAAUGCUAGAAGAAAGAUUCCUUAUUCACAUUUUCAAGCUCAAAAUAUCUGGAUACUGAAAGCUACAGGUUUCAACAGAGGCAGAGGAAUUCAUGUAUUUAACAAACUUGAAGAUUUAAAAAAGCUUAUUAAGGAGUACACAGAUGGCUUAAACUUUGAAAAUAAUUACACUUCCCAAUAAUAAACUAACAAACUUAUCAACAAGUAGCUUUAAUAGUAAAAAGAAACUUAGUAAACUUAGAGCACUCCUGCUGACUUAUCAUAAGGUCUCAGAUCAACAAGUUUUGUAAUUUAGAAGUAUGUUGAGAGACCUUUACUUUUAAGAAAACGAAAAUUUGAUAUAAGAGUCUGGGUUUUGGUCACCUAAGAUGCAAAAUGCUACUUCUUUAAGGAGGGGUACAUUAGAACGAGUUGUGAAGUAUUUACUCUUUCUUAAGAUAGCAUAACAAAAGCUUCCAUCCAUUUAACAAACAAUGCAGUAUAAAAAUUCGCUGAAAACUAUGGAAAAUUUGAAGAUGGAAACUAAUUGAGCUUCUAGGAUGUGUAAAAUAUCAUUAAUGAGGAAGAUCCUGAUUCUGAUCCUACCUAUGUCAAAGAGAAAUUAGUACCAAGGAUGAAGGAUAUUAUAAUUAACAACCUUGAUUCAGUUAAAAAGAAAUUAAAGAUUACUACCAAUUCUAGAGGUUAAGGAUGUUGCUUUGAACUUUUCGGCUAUGAUUUUAUCAUUGACUCUGAAUUUCAAGUGUGGCUUAUAGAAGUUAACACUAACCCAUGUUUAGAAGAAUCAUCUUAACUUCUAUGCAAAUACAUUCCAAGAAUGGUAAAUGAUAUGUUGAAACUUACAGUAGAUUAAGUAUUCCAAACCAAGAAAGGGUAGCAGCCAUAUGACUAAGCCUCAAUCAAUCAAUUUACAAUUGAAAACUACACGAAUGAGGAAAACAUGUGGGAGUAGAUUAAUCAGUUAGAACCUUACAUCGUGGGCGAUAACAACAAGAGUAUCAAAGAAAAUGAUAAAAUUAAUAAAAAUAAAGUUAUUUGA